CAAUCAAAGAUAUUGACAGGGGCGGAGCUCGAAAUAUUGCGGUGAACCAGGGUUUUAACAGUAAAAGUUGUAAAACCCCCAACUUUAGACGAGCUGAACACAAGGUAGAAGACGACUCAACAAAAAUGGGGUUUGGAACCCUAAGAUCUCUGAUUCGUCCCCUUUCAAGAGCAAUUUCAACCCAUUCUUCAACUGCAAUUACUCCAUCAUCAUCAUCGUCGGUGUCUGCUCAAUUUCUCUCCAAAUUUCUAUCUUCUAAGCAUCAACAACAAUUACCAGCUUUUGGACACUUCAUUUCUCGCUCUAUUCAUCUGGAAUCUCUCUCCUCCCUCGCCUACAAACCUUUCGACCCGUUAACCAAUCCCCGCUUCCCCAAACGCCGCCCUAGUGACAAGUCCGGCCGCAAGCGCUCUAGCCUCCGCCCCACUGGGCCAUAUGCUUGGGUUAAGCAUGUACCUGGGGAGGCUAUUCCACCAAGUCAACCCAAUGAAGGGAGUGUCAAGUUGAGGAAUGAGAAGAAACGCCGAAGGCAGCGCCGUGAAUUUAUCAAGUCUGAAAAGAAGAAGCGAAAGGUUGAAGUGCAGGAGGCAAAUCGUAAGAAAAGAGAGAAGAGGAUUGAACGUAAGAUGGAAGCAGUUGCCAGAGACAGGGAUUGGGCUCACAGACUUGCAGAGCUGCAACGACUUGAGGCACAGAAUAAUUAAACAACUGCCUAACUGAGACCUCUUCUGCCUUUUGCUUGUUAAAACUGAGAGCCACAGAUUGAACUUUUUUGUGCAACUAUUGUUGUUACACUCAGCUAUAUGUUACCCAUAAGACUGUUAACCCUCCUUUCCAUUCCUUUCAUGUUUUCCUUUCAGUAGUAGACCAUAGAGUUGCUAGAUGUUGUUUCUACCUGGCAUAUGCACUUUGUUCAAUAUUCUUGUCUUUUAAAUAAUACUUGACGUAGAGUUGAUUUUUCUUACUCUAA